AAGGCAGUUGAGGAGGAGGGAGCGAGCGGCGGGGGGGCUGGCCUGGCGUGCACUCCGCGCCUCGGGAACGUUACUGCGCGUGGAACGGCUGUUUUGGGAAGACUAUUGCCUAGAAGAAAAGAUGUUUGGUUUUCACAAGCCAAAGAUGUACCGAAGUAUAGAAGGCUGCUGUAUUUGCAGAGCUAAGUCCUCCAGUUCUCGAUUCACGGACAGUAAGCGCUAUGAGAAGGAUUUCCAGAGCUGUUUUGGGUUGCAUGAGACACGUUCAGGAGACAUCUGUAAUGCCUGUGUCCUGCUUGUGAAAAGAUGGAAGAAAUUGCCAGCAGGAUCCAAAAAAAACUGGAAUCACGUGGUAGAUGCAAGGGCAGGACCUAGCCUGAAGACUACACUGAAACCAAAGAAAGUGAAAACUCUAUCUGGAAACAGGAUAAAAAGCAACCAGAUCAGCAAACUACAGAAGGAAUUUAAACGUCAUAAUUCUGAUGCUCACAGCACCACCUCAAGUGCCUCCCCAGCUCAGUCUCCUUGUUACAGUAACCAGUCAGAUGAGGGCUCAGAUACAGAGGUGGCUUCGGGCUCCAGCAGAACGCCAGUUUUUUCCUUUUUAGAUCUCACGUACUGGAAAAGACAGAAAAUAUGUUGUGGGAUUAUCUAUAAAGGCCGCUUUGGGGAAGUCCUCAUUGACACUCACCUCUUCAAGCCUUGCUGCAGCAACAAGAAGGCGGCUGCAGAGAAGCCGGAGGAGCCCAGCCCAGAGCCUCUGCCCAUCUCCACCCAGGAGUGGUGACUGAGGUGUAUGUAAAAGGGGAACAGGAAAUGAUUGAAAUUUUAGGGGGAAAAAAAACCCAAAACACAGCAACAAAAUGACCUUCCUGUUUUUCACUUGGAUACCUGCUAUUCUGCCAAAAGACAAUUUCUAGAAUAGUUCCGAAUGGGUUAUUUUUUCCUCCACUUCCACAAGUUCCACCAACUCUGAAGCCAGUGUCUAGCUUACUAAAAGGAAAAACAGACAUGUACAUAAUAUUUAAGAUGCUGAGUAUUUCAUAGGAAAGCUGAAUGCUGCUGUAAAGUGCUCUUUAAGUCUUUUUCUUUUAAAUCCCCUUCUCAUGAAUGAAAUUAGGGGGACUUCAGGGGACAGAGAUGGGAUUUGUUGUAUGAUAAACGUACGUAGUUUUUAGUCUUUCUAUAUUGAGAAGCAGUGGUUGGGGCAUUUUUAAAGAUGGCUGACUACACUUGUUUUCCUUCAUGAUCAUGAAUUUGUCAUAAACCAGUAACCUGGACUUGCCCCUCGAGGUAGUUGUUAAUAAUUUUAAAAUAUUAAGGUCUUGCCAAGGUGCUGAGGAUUCAAACCUGUACUACUGAAUAUUAAGCAGGACAGAAUAAGCUCUCUGGUACAAAUACCUUGAAGGAGUCAUUUCUAAAUAUACAAAGAGGUAACUGGACUGUAUAUGUUGUAUCCUGUGUCACCUCCUUCAUAUUGCUAUUUGAUGAAGAUUUUAAUUUAUAUGAAACUUCUAAAGCAGAAUCGAAGCUCCUCUUGGGGAAAUGUCAAGCAAGUCUUCAGGAUAAGCAAUCUUAAUAUAGAUAGUACCAAAGCUUUAUUUUACCACAUGGGAGAGAACACACUCUAUGAAACAUGUUCAGAUAUCUGAAAAAUGUGCAGGCUUUCAGGAUAGCAUAAAAAUAACAAAGGUUGAUGCUUCUGGGGGCACGCUUCUCAGAGGGCUCGCCGAGUGUGUAAAUAAUUGACUUUGGCUCGUGUUGCUUACCGGUGACUUCAUUGAAAAUCUACACAAUUCAGUUUUAGCUCUGGAUUACUUCAGUUGACCUUUGUGAAGGUUUUAUCUGUGUAGAGUGUUUGUUCAACUUGUUUUAAUGUAUGAGGGUUUUAGCGUCUCCCCCCACCACUAUAUUAAAGUAAAAUGCUAGUAAAAGAAAAGAGGUGUGUUAAUGCUGAGUGGGUUUGGCUUUUUGUAGUCAGGUUUUCUGAACAUUGAGAUUUUAGAUGAUAAAUCCUGAACGUGGGGCCCUUCGGUUCUAAAA